AUGACCACGCUACAACCGUCUGCUCACAAUCCGUUUCGCUCUAAUCAACAGACGCCAGCGAAUACAGGAUCUCAGGUCCCUUCAUCGCCGCCUCCGCCACCGUUCACUGAUUCACCAUCGACUGCACCAAGUGCAUCCGCAGUCUCGGGUACAGCUCCACAAAGCAACGGACACGCCUCCGAUCCUCCUGCAGAGUCGUCUCAAUCGAAUGCUAGACAACAGAAUCCAGAUGCAGAUGACUUUGGCUUAGACACAGAGCUUCCACCGGCGUACACUCCGGCGGCGGACACGUAUCAUGGAGAAGCUACGAUCGAGUAUGGUCCAAUACGGCCUUUCCAGAGGCCUCCUCCUGCUCCGCGUAUCCAACCACACCUAGUCCCACAGCCAACUGGACAAUCCGUUGCCUCAUCCACUAGUUGGGCUCAAACACCAAGCGUCACAAGCACUCCGUCACGGCGCGCUAGGGGGCCUAUAUCAUUACUCUCUGAUCUAGCGGGCGAGUUAGAGCGGCAGUUAACUACACCCCCGUUACAGCCGUCACAUACUGGCCGAUCAUGGAAUGCAUACCCAGGCCAACAGCAAUCGUUCCAGCGCCCGAGUUAUGCACCAGUGACUCCCAACCAUACAGGUUAUAGACCCCCUCCGCCUCCCCGACACCCCUCAGAACAACUUCAUGCGCGAUCUGUUUCUUCCCCCGCUACAUCACCAACUCUUCACCCUCCUCCUCCACCUGAGGCUGCGACUUCAGAUUUUGCUCGCGAUUUCUACGCCGCUGGUUCGGACGUCUCAGUGGUAACUGAACCGACGGGAAACGUAAAUAUUAACGCGUCCCAUUCAACGCCUAAUUUACAAUCGCCCCCGGGGGCGUACCCGCCACCGCCUGGACCACCUCCCGGACGAUCUGGUUUAUACCCCCCACCAUCGGGUCCCCCGCCUGGCUCACCAAGCCAGUAUGCCCCCCCUUCCGGCCCACCUCCGCCGCUUCCACAGAGGCCUCGCACGACGUCCCCGACGCCUGGCUCAUCAUCGGGGAGUGGAUCUCGCCCAAAUGAUGGGCGUCCCACGCAAGUGCCUACACCAGGGCAUCCUUUAAUGCGCGACGGCAAAGUCCUCGUGUAUCCCAACGGCUACGUUUGCGACAAAUGUAACAACACGGGGUUCAAACAUUCUGACCCUCUAAAUCCAUGUAAGAAAUGCUGGCAGAAAUUUGCCAAACUAUUUUCAGGGCCGUUGACUUGGGCGUCGUGGGGUGCUGACGAGGGCACCAAUGAUUCGACGCUGCGUCGCUCAGCGACGUCGGCUGUACCGCGGCUAAAGAGGAAUACGACUCACAGUACCACUCUUCAGCGACCUCUCCCUAAUUUCACAUCGCCACGCGCACGGUCUUCCUACCCAGAACCCCAAGGCCCAUCGAUGUCUAGCGGUGGCCCAUACAUCAAUGCCCCACAGAACAUCGUACCUGCACAAGUAUACUCCACCUUCCCAUCAUCAUCCCAUCAUCAAGGGAACACCCUCGCAGUACUUCCCGGCGACCCACGAAUAGGUGGACAACUUUGUUGGAAUUGUUCCGGAAGGGGAUUGAAGAGUGUUCUCGGAGGCUUGCUGGGUGAAGAAGAAUGCUUCGUGUGUAAAGGUGUCGGAAGAGUGUUUUGA